GCUAGCGUCGGGGUCCUGCGCCCUAAAUCUACCCAGCGCCUCACACCAUGGGACUCGCAGCUUCCCGCAGACUCCCCCAUCGGCGACGGCGCGGCGGCGGGGCACAGCCUUCCAUAUGAGGCUCCAGCUGACGCGCCCAUCGGCAAUGGCGCGGCGGCGGGACAUAUCCUUCCGUCGGCAUCAGAUAUGAGGUUCCCGCUGACGGCCCCAUCGGCGACUGCGCGGCGGGCCGGCGGCGAGGGACAUAUCCUUCCGUCGGGGAUCCGAUCCGAGGUUCCCGCUGACGUCCCCAUCAGCGACGGCGCCGAGGCGGGAGACAUCCUUCCGUCUGAAUCCCGCUGACGCGCCCAUCGGCGACAGCGCGGACUCCCCGCCGCCGUGCCCCCGUCGGGCAGGGGUACAGAGGCGGAGGGAGUAUGGAGGACCAGAUCUACAUGUACUCGGAGGAGCGGCGUCAGAGGCGACCGCUUCGCCGCCGGCUGGGAAGAUGACAAUACCUCGCUCUCCCGGCGUUACUGGAUCUGAAGUACUUCAUAGACAAGGUGAAGUCUGCUCUCAAGCUGACAACUCCGAAGUUUGGGACGGUGGGAAUUUAAAAUGCCAGUGGAAUGAUGAACUACCAAACAACUAAUGAUUCGAACCAAGGAAUACAGGGAAGAAUAGAGGCAGAGCUCACAGCGCUGAGAUGUAGAACCAACGCUUAUCUAUCCUGAUUUGCGAGCUCUUUGUAGGCUCCGCCAACACCUCCUCCAUCAAAUGCCACCUUCAUUGUACCAGUAUCUCAGAAUGGAAAUUUUGUUAGUUCUGUUCCGGAAUGAUUCACUUAGGUUUGUGGUGGUCCAAGAGAAGUUCGUGGAUAUGAGUACUAUGGGCUGAUCCUCGGGUUGGCAUGUUCCACAAUGGAGAGAGCUACUUGUGGCCACACAAGUAACCGCAUCUUUCUAAAAACAAACAAAAUUCAUUAGGUAGUACGUGUUAGAUCCAGUUCACAUUGUUUCUCAAUAGUUUGUCAUCUUUUUGCUUAUAUUGACAGGUGCAUGAUUUUACUCACAUAAGGUGAAAUAUGGUACUGAAUUUCUAGCCAUAUAUGUAAACUAGCCCAUUCAACCAAUAGAAUGCCCAAAUGAUUUAUUCCUAUACAUGAGGCGUGCGUUUCUCCACCAUGUGGCCCUACCAUCGCAGUGUUUCCCUCCAUGUAGUCUGUCUUUGCCCCACGUAGUCUUGAUCACUUUAUCAUUGAUCUUGUUGUCAACACCAUUGAUCUUGUUGUCAACACUUCCUUUUUUUUAGCGCAUGCUAGGUCCAAUAGUUCCGUUGGUCAGCCCAAUUUGGCACUCUGGCCCAAUGCCAUCAAAGUGUGACUUGGCACACGUCCCUGCCUCAUCAUGAGUCCAAUGCCUUAAUGUGACGAAGCUCCAUCUUUUAGGUGUGGGCCAGGACACACCCUAAACCCUUCUGGUUGUGUGGGCCGUCGUCACCCUCAUGUUGCUUAGUGCCAGGCCACAACCUAAUGGUCGUGCGGGCCUUGGCGCUCACGUGUCUCGUGAAAGGUCAAGGCCCACCCGGCCAGAAGGGUGUGGCUUGGCGCUAAGCCGUGUGAGGGCCAAGUCCCACACGAACAAAAACGUCAGUCAUGACCCACGUCUCAAAGCUACAGCUUCGUUGCAUCAGGGCACGUGAGGAGGCACGGCGUGCGCCUAAUCAUACUUUGAUGGCAUAAAAAAAUGCCAAAGUGCGCUGGGUAACGGAAGCAUUGGACCUGUCAUGCACAAAGGGCGCGUCGACAACAAGAUCAAUGGUGGUCAGAAUGCACGGUUGCGAGUUCUACAAUAAAGUAAUCAAGAUUACUUGGUGUGAGGCCACGCUCGAGGACAGUAGGAUCACAUGGUGGAGAAGUGCUCGCCUCACAUAGAGGAAUAAAUCAUUUCGGGCAGACUAUUGGUCCAAUGGGCCCAGCUUAUAGAAAUAACUAGAAAUCCAAUACCACAUUUCACUUUCUGUAAAAGUGAAACCAUGCACCCGUCAGGGUAGGAAUAAAAAAGGAGAGAAACUAUUGUUUAAGAAGAUGCGGUUACUUGUGUGAGCUGGAUCUGGCACAUACCACAUAAUGGUAUUUUGUUUGUUUAAGAGAACAAAAGCAGUUACUUGUGUGGCUACAAAUAUCUUUCUCCAAUGUUGGAUGCAACCCCUAGAAGCAACCCAUAUUUCUCACAUCCAGGAACUUCUCGACCGAAUCAUUCCGGAAUAGAAACUACAUAAUUUCCAUUCUCUGAUAGUGGGUGCCAUGGAGGUAGUUUUCGAUGGAGGAGGUGUUGUCGAAGCAGACAACUGGAGGUCCCAAAUCAUGAUAGGGAAUCGGUUGUUCUACGUCUCUAAGUUUUUUUGGGCUCUGGUGCGGAUACUGUCACAAUAUGAUCAGCAUCAGCAUGAAACAUUGAUUGAUCUUCCCGAAGUUGCAGCCAGACUAGAGCAGAGGAUUUUCGUAAUAGCUGCUAACCUGGUUGAUUAUAAUGAUAAGGCAUCCAAGAGAUUGACUUAUUUGGAGACCAUUGUGCCACAUGAUCGAGUUAAGCUUCGGACAUCUUUAUUUCAGUUGGCUUUACCAGAAAAGAUGGAACAGAAGCAACCUUCCAGGCCUCAAAUGAUUGAGUCCUCAGCUGAAAUGCUUCUGCGACAAAGUUCUAGUGAUGAACAGAAUAAAAUCAAUCCGGCACGGAGGAACCUUCCGGAAGUGUCGUCUUGUGUUCCCUCAGGAAAACAAAUGAAGUCAUGCUGUGAUGAUAGGAUUAGCUUCCUUCAUGAAAGUAUACUCCAUCAUAUCAUGUCCUUCAUGCCAGCACGGGAUGUUGUGCGUACAAGUGUGCUAUCCCCAAGGUGGCGCCCAUUAUGGACCUCAGCACCAUGCCUUGAUAUUAAUAUUGAUCACUUUAAUAUGGACAGAGUGAAGUUCAAUGAGUUUGCAGAAAGUUUGUUUUUAUGUCGGGGUAUUGAUACAUUGGACAUACUUCGUCUUCACUCUUUUGCCAUUUCUGCAGCAAACUUUUGGAUUGAUCAUGCUAUCAACCGCAAAGCUAAAUCCAUCGAAUUCACCGAAUACAAAAUAUGGGAACCCUUCUACUUAAACCCAGGCAUUAUCAAGUUUCACUCUUCAUAUCUGCGAAGCUUAAAGCUUACUAAUGUUAUCCUAGUCACAUGUAUCUUUCACCGGCUCAACCAUGCAUGCCCAUCAUUAGAAAAUCUGCAGUUGGCAGACAGCACUCUUGAAUUACCAGAGAUUUCAUCAAGGUCAUUGAAGACUCUGGAAAUAAUAGACUGCUCAGUUGUAAAGCAUCUUCUGAUCCGUACUCACAAACUAGUGUCACUACGCUUUGAAGGCUCUCGAUGCAGAUGCACUUCCAAAUCCAUACUGCUAACCCCUUCAGCAGUAACUCUAUGUGAUCUUUCUAAUGCCGAAAGCAUAGAAUUGUCAGCUUCAGUGAGACAGGUUGCAUUUGAUGGAGUAUCUACAGGGCGCUCAAUGUUCAUCAAUCUAAGAAGUCUCUCUCUUGGAGAAUGGUGUCUUUCUAACAACUUAUCUCCCAUACUUUGUUUUCUCCGGCACUCUCCUUUGCUUGAGAAGCUUAACCUGAAGCUUAAGUUAGAUUGUGAAAAGGACGAGCAAACGAUUCAAACAGCCAGGGGAAUAUCAUUUGCUGCUGAGCACCUUGAGAAGGUAACAAUCUACUGCACCGAAGGGGAUGCGAGGGUUCCCGUGCUGGUGAAUAUCUUGCGCAUCAACGCAAGAUCUCUCGACCGAAUCGAUGUCAAGACAUACUAAAUGUGUCAUGUGUUUGGUUGCUGUAUCGAAACUCAUUUGAAUGUUCGCCCAAAGAGACCUGAACUUAUCGUUCGACUCAGUUGAAUGUAUCUUCAGGAUAGCACUUUAGCUGUGGGUUUGGCAUGCUGAGACCCAGCCUAGCUAGAGAUUUGGUUGUAGCAUGUAGUACUGCUGUGGGAGAAACUUGCUCCCAUUUGUGUUGGUCUAUGAUAAAUUGCAACUUAUCUUUUUUAAGGAGGUUUAACUGGAACUAUGCAUUGCUGAAA